AUGACUACCCUCGUGCAAAUACGUCAGCCGCUACAAGUACUGAGCAUGAGCAAUCAGCCCAAGCGUCGCAGAAGCGAGCGCCUGGCCGCAUACGAUGAGCAAGACGGUGAUUUUGUCUUCACCCGCGGGUCGAAGCGGGUGAAGACGGCGCAACCCGACCCUAUACCAGAAGACGAACCAGCACCAGCUCCCGCGCCCGCGCCAGCACCGAGGAAGGGCAGGCCGCCCAAGAAGAAUAAGGAUCGCGAAGUGCCCCCGCCUGCGCCCGCACCCCCAGCACAGAAGAGAGUAUCGAAGCGGAAAUCGAGUCAGAUAUCUGUACAUCAAGAUGAACCACCUCCGCCACCACCGCAAAGAACCACGCGACGGACGCGUUCUUCCAUUGAAGCGCCAGAGCCCGAGCCCGAGCCGCCCAAAGCUGCGCCGCCCAAAGCUACGAAUGGUGUGAAAAAGAGCAACCGGAUAAAGGAGCCUCCACAAGAGCCUCCGCAAGAACCCCCACUAGAGCCUCCGGAAGAGCCACUGGAUGAGCCUCCUGAGCUCGAGGUUCAGCUGACGCCUAUGGAUGUGGACAAGACGAGAGGACGGGACAUGUCAUCAGGGCCCAAGAAGAUCGCCCUCCCUUUUAGCGACACGCCCGUCAUAAACCGCAACAAGGAGAUGCGAAGGAAGACAGGCGGUCGGCGGAGUAGUCUAGGAAUGCGUGGACGAAGAGCGAGCUCCCUGAUUGACAACGGCCACAAUGCAAUACCGCAUCGGGAGGUGGCCUCUGCUGAAUUCUAUAAGCAUAUUGAAGCCACGGGCCCCAGUGAACCGCGGCGGAUGAAACAACUUCUGACGUGGUGCGGCGAGAGAUCGCUGGCGGAAAAACCGCCGCUGGGCUCACUGAAUUCUAAUGCGGUCCUGGGAGCCCGAGCGAUCCAAGACCAGUUACUAAAAGACUUCGCUUCGCGUUCGGAAUUCUCGGACUGGUUUGCGCGUGAGGAAGUACCAAGACCGCCGGCAAUAGAGAAACCGAAUCCACGGAAUAUCGAGCAUGAGGAGAAGAUUGUUGAAUUGGAGGAGAGGAUGAAACGGUUAACAGCCGAAAGGGACACAUGGCGGUCCCUCAAAGGACAACAACUGCCGGAAAUACCACCGCUCUUCUCGCUAUCCGAAGCGAAAACGGAUCAGUCAUUACCAGAUGCAACUCUCCUCGACUCAGAAGAGGCACAGAUACUUGCCUCUCUGACGAAUUCGUCUGGCUCGACAAUCACCUCUCUCAUACCGAAAACGCAAGCUCGACUUCAAGCCUUACAGAAAUCUCUUGAAUUCAAGGUCGACCAUCUUGCAGACAGCGUACACAAGGUGGAGCAGCGCAUGACAACAGCAAGCCGGCAAGCUGAUAUGGUGCUUGGUCUCAGUGCAGCAAGGCUAAAGGAGCGGGAAGAAAGAGAGAGAGCCAGCGCCGGCACAAGGGACAUGCCAGUAAUGGAGGUUCUGCGCAGUCUAGGCAGGAUAUUACCCGAGGGCGGAGGGUGA